AUGGCAUCCUGCCCGAAAUUUGGAACGAAAACAACAUGUGAAGAGGUCGUGGAGAGAUUUUCCGCCAAUAUCGUGGGAAAAACUUUUGUGAUCACUGGCAUUAGCCCUGGUGGUCUUGGUGAAGCUUUGGCCAAAGCUCUCGCCUCCAAGAAACCCGCGCAACUUGUUUUUACUGCUCGCCACACCUCGAAAGCAGAGGCUGUAGCUCAGGACAUUAGAAAGAUACACCCCUCUCAGAUCAUUCGCAUCGUUCAGAUGGAUCUUUCGUCCAAGAAUUCCAUUUGUGCAGCAGCCGCUUCUAUUAUAGAAAUGGUUUCGAGCAUUGACGUUCUCAUCAACAACGCGGGUGUAAUGGCGAUUCCUGAGCGCACACUUUCGGUGGAUGGUCAUGAAAUGCACUUUGCAACUAACUUUCUUGGGCCAUUUCUCUUCACGAAUAUUCUUCUACAGAAAUUGUCCAACAGCGCACGCAUCAUCAAUGUGACCUCUGGAGGUUAUAUGAUUUGUCCCAUCCGUUUUCAUGACCUUGCUUGGUGCGGAGACAAAGAUCUGCCUGUUGAUGAACAGCCAGAUAUAAACAUGGCAAAGCAGUUGGGUAUAGGGGAGCUUACUAGCCCAGUUUCAUACAACCCAAUGCUUGCAUACCUUCAUUCAAAUACAGCAACUAUGCUUUUCACACUUGGUCUGAACAAGCGGUUGCAAGGGACAGGAGUCAUUGCGAUCAGCACGGUACCUGGUGUCGUUAUCACCGAACUCCAAAGGCAUAUUGGUUAUUUCCGCAACCAAUUGCUGGAAUACAAGACUGCUACACAGGGAGGAGCCAGUUUUCUUGUUGCUGCCCUCGAUCCUACCCUUGAUGAUCAUCCAGGUGCAUAUAUAGAUGAUUGCCAAGACGCAGCCAUCGUCUCAGACCAUGUGAAGAAUGAGGAGGUUGCUGAAAGAUUGUGGGAAGUGGCAGAAAGAAUGACUGGCCUAAAAAUUUGA